GUCACUCAGCAGUAAGGGAUCAGUGUACCAGCUCUGGUUGUGCAUGAAUUCUCUCUGAGGUAAAAUAAUGAGUAUUUCAACAGCACUAGGUAUACUCUAUGCAGUGGCGCAGGUUCUAAUGCCAUGCCUUCCUCCAAAACCAUUGUCCGGUAAAGUCCUGUCUACCGACCGGUAUUUAGGAAAGUGGUAUUAUGUUGGAGUGGCUUCAUGGGAUGAGGAGGACAUUGAAAGCUAUAAAUCGGUGGAUAAUUCAGUUGUCGAACUGAAGGAAGGUGAAGGUCACACUUUGGUUAUGGCUGGAGCAUUGCAACAGGACGGUAAUUGUGUGAACAUGGCCUGGACCUAUUAUGUUGACCCAAAGAUGGAUCCGGUUUUGACAGAGGGUCAGGAAAAUCUUGGUGUGUUCUUGGAUGGAAACUGGAUGAAAUGCCCCAACUGUAUGAUUAUCGUCAAGCUUCAUCCCAGCAAAGGCUUUUUAAGAAUCAUGUUGUUUGCACGUGACAAGGACACAUCAGCUGACUUGGUGAAAAAAUUUCAGAAAAAACUGGAAUGCUUUUACAUUAUCGACAAGUUUGUAAUAGCGCCACGGACAAAAGAGUUCUGCAAACUGGAAGGAACUGAGUGAGCAGUGCUAACUCUUACUUUAACAAUGGCUCACCUGCGAUGAAGAGACUUGGGGUUGGAAAAAAUGAAGAUCCCUUCCAGGAGAACCCGAGAUGUCUACAAUUAAUUAGUUUGAUCAUUUUGAGAUAUGCCUUUGCACAUUGUUCAAAUAAAGCAUGAUCAUUUUGGUGAAUUUGUAAUGAUUGUACUUAAAGAUUUAUAUCCUUUAUAUAACUAGACAAUAUUUACAAUAUAUGUAAACUGGUUUGUAAGCUCAUACACUUCCUACAUUUGACAUUCUAUCUUAUGGAAUACUCUGGAUUUACCUUAUUAGAUAAUUAUAAACAUUAUUGCAUGUGCUAAAUAACUAAAAA